AUGGCACUCAAGACGCUGGGAGCAAAAGCCGCUGCUGCGCUUGACCAGGAGCUCAUGAGCACUUGCGCGUUUUCCAUCGACCAGCUGAUGGAGCUGGCUGGUCUGUCCGUCUCCCAAGCCGUCUAUCGGAUCCAUCCCUUGGAAAGGGGACGCAGAAUUCUUGUUGCGUGCGGCCCGGGAAAUAACGGCGGAGAUGGGCUUGUGGCUGCUCGGCAUCUCUUCCACUACGGAUACCAGCCAACUGUAUACUAUCCAAAACGAAGCCAGAAGGACUUGUACCGACGUCUAACGAAACAACUCGAAGAUUUGGAAGUCCCCUUUGCGCAAGACCUCCAAGCAGCACUGGAUUCAACGGACCACAUCGUUGAUGCCAUUUUCGGGUUCAGUUUCUCGGGAGAGGUGAGGGAUCCGUUCCCAGACGUGAUUCGUGCCUUUGAGAGAACCAAGCUCCCCAUCACCUCAGUUGACGCACCCUCUUCCUGGAAUAUCGAACAUGGUCCCCCGAGAUCUGGACUGGGCAGCUCGUUUAUGCCUACAGCCCUUGUCAGCCUCACUGCACCAAAGCCACUGGUCAAAUAUUUCAAGGGACGACACUUCAUCGGUGGUCGGUUUUUGACGCCAAACAUGGCAACAAAAUAUGAUUUGGAAAUCCCAACGUACAGCGGCAUCGAUCAGGUUGUUGAGGUGCCCACAGGUACUGAGAAGCUUUGA